CUGUGUCGGACAUUAGUUACAAACAAAAUAUGGCGGCGUAGAGAAAUAAGGUCGUAAUUAGGACGAGAAAAAAAAAACCCUUGAAAAACACCCAAGCCGUACCGCAAUGGACGGUAAAGACCGCGAUAUCAAUGAAUCAAGUGAAGAGCCUUGGGGUUAUUCGCACUGGGAGCGUCAAUGUAUCGAAGAAGUCGAAUCGCGGCCGGAUUUAGAUGAGCAAACAGUCGCGGAGAAAGAACAGGCUUUGCAAAGGCUGUGGAUGGCAUUUCAAAACGCCGCCAUGGCGUGUGCUCAGCUUUAUAAGGAACGGCAAAAUACCAACCACACAUGUGGCGGCCGACUUUGGACUCCGUUUCAGGACACGGCGAAUACGGUCGCCCUUCUUUACAAAGAGGGUCUUGAUCUCCAUAAGUAUGGCUUAGAGGCUGGUCACCAGACUGGGUGUUGUCGUAGAAACAAGGACUUGCUGUCUUGGGCAAAGAAAAAGCGUAAACUUAUAAGACGUGACGAACUGUUGUCUUACCUGGCCGGCCGGUCACCCCCUCGGCGGAUAUCUGAUGUCCGGCUAAACAGUUCUACUGUUGGAAGUAAUGGAAUGGACUUUGAGACAAGGGACUCUGGAACCCAUUGCUAUGAUCCCCUGGAAUCAUUGGAGGAGGAGGACGAGGCUCCUGCUACUUCAGCACCUUUUUUCGUUCAGCCCACCAUAAGUCAAAGUUACCAUGGGUCGCCUCGUAGGCGGAGCUACAAUGAAAGCUCACUAGAGGGGGUGGAAGGGAGGGAGGGGAGAAAGCGGUCAUCAACUUCUAUGGACAUAACAAUGGAUUCACCCCUUAAGCGCAGUAGAUAUCUAUGAAUAUGAGAAUAAAUUACUAGCAUUGAGUAUAAAUUACUAGCAUUUAUUAUUUCUGGAACUUCUAUCAUCUUCUUUACUGUAUCUUUCCACAUGGCAUUUUAGUGGGUGGUUUUUAUAAAGAGUUAACAUGGAGCAUAUUCAGGACCAUCUCUCACUAAAAUGUUAUAUAAAAAAGAUUCUAACCUUCAAAAACUGCUAUAUAUUUUUUUUCUGAUCUUUCUUCAUAGCCUGCAAGAAUUUGAUGUCCAAGCAUUAUCAAUGUCAAAAUUUUACAUGUAUUUUUUACUACUGUGUCUUAAUUUGGUUUUGAAUGGUGUGUUUGUGAAAAAAGUAGGACCUGUAGCUUGCCAAGACAUGAAACAGAUGCUACUUAAAAUUAGUAAAGAAAGAAACCUAUCAGAAACUCCUUUAAGUUUCUAGUACCAUUGUGGGAUUGUGUCUCAGCAACCAAUUGUUUUCAAGGUAUUCUGGUAUGACACAAAAAUACAAUUAUAAAGCAUAUAUCAUGAGGUAUUAGGAUUGUACACUGUAUUGGUCACUUGUUUAUUGUGAAAAACAUUAUUUUCCUCAGGACAUUCAUGUCCUUUUACUAAAUGUGAUUUGGUAUUUCAAUAACCUUUUGCAUUGAUACUAAGAUAUGGUAUUUUUGACUGUUCAAUUAUUUGUUAAACCUCACAACCAAACCUCAAAGCUUGCAGCUUUUUUAUCCAAAAAGUGCUGGAUUUGAGGUUUGAAACAAACUUCUUACCUGUGAUUCCCUUGUUUAUUACGUGGCAAUGUGAUACACAUUUGUUUGCAGGUGGUAAAUAAUGUUUACAUAACAACCAAUGAAGCAAGUGCUCUUUUUAUUUGUUACAGCUAGCUACUCUUUAGUCUUUUUUUAGCAGGAAUAUAGAAAAAAGUUUGUUUCUUUUUGUUGCUAAACAAUAAUGUAUAAAAUAGAUAUUAUGGAAUUAAAUAAAUAUUAUGAUAUCAA